GUUGUCAUGGCAACGAUGACACAAAUUGCUAAUUUCUUUAUCUGUCCUACUCUCACCACGCCAUGAGUCACCACGAUGGAUGGUAGAACUCAUUUAGUUCACCCGAGCGAGUUUACUCUUUUACAACAAACUGGAAUAAUUGACCAAAUGCUCCAGGGCCAAUGAUGGCAGACAAGAGGGUAAAGAUGAUCGCUCAAAUGGAAAAACUUCACCAGGAAUACAACCAACUCUCACAGCUCCUGGUGGAUCAGUCACAUCACCCACUGCCAAGUGAAGGUCUGGUGCUCAAGGGUACACAUGUUAAUCAAGUUCAGAGCAGCACAGGGGAAGAAGCCACAGUGGAUGCCCUGAAGAGGGAAGUAAAAAAUUUUACCAACCAGCUUCGUGUAUUGACUGCAGAGAAAGGUGACCUAGAAAAGGCUUUACAACAGAAAAAAAAUGAAAGUACAAAAUAUAUUAGCAAACUGAAGCAAGAGCUUAAAGAAUCAAAAGAUGACAUUGAUGUUUUGAAAGACAUUUUGAAAAGACUUAAUGAGCAACUGAAUAGAUACCACAUAAAACAUGGUCGACUACGAGAAGAAGAAAGAAGACCCAUCACUAAGGAUAUUACCCGGUCGAGUAUCUACAAGUUGAAAUCUCUUCUUACAGCAUACGAUGAACUUCUUCUUGAGCGGGAUGACAUUAUUAAGAGUAGCACUGAGACACAUGAGACACUGAUGCUGAAGGUGGACAGUGUCACUACUGAAAAUGAAAAGCUCCAUUCUCGAUUAGAACAGCUUCAGUCAGCAGCUCCUAUUGGAUCUGAGGAUGUAGGGAUGGUUGCCUCUGAUGCCCGGCUGUUAUUAGAGGAACGAGAAAUUUUGUUUGAGGAGAUACAGACCCUGAGACAACAACACCAACAGGAAACAACAGACCACUACCAAGAAGUAAGAACUCUGCAAGACACAUUAGAGGAAUUGGAUGUUAAAGUCCACAGCUUGUCAUCAGACCUGAAUUCUUGGAAGAUUAAGUCUGCUCAGCUGGAGAAGCAGUGUCAAGCUUUCCAGACAGAGUUACGUGACACUGUUACUAAACAAGAGCAUCAGUUAGCUGUUGAUGAGUGUCAAAGGUUAUUUGAAGAACUACGUUUAGCCUACAGUCAUGAAUCUGGAAACAUGAGGGGCAAGAUGAGAGCAGUAAAGCAUGAGAAGCAAGAUAUAGCAGAGAAGCUGACUGAUACAUCAGUUCAUGCUCACAACUUAAGUGUUCAGGUUUCAGGACUUAAAGGAUCAUUAAGGAAAACUGAGCACAGGGUUCAGCGCCGAGAGCAAUCCCUGAAAACAGUGCAGUCAGCAGCUCGUUUGGCUCAAUCUCGUCUCAAGUCCCUCACCUUAGUCUGCAGUGAACUUCUUGAAGAUCGAGAAAAGCUUCUGGAGUCAUUAGCAGCUCAACGAAAAGAGACAGAAGAAUUGACACAAGAAGUCACUUUACGCAGUGCAGCUGUUGGGGCUCUGUCACAGAAGCUUAAGGAAGAGCGUUUAGUAUGGAGUAGUCAAAUUGCAGAAAGUGAAGGUGGCAGGAAAGCAGCCAAGGCUGCUUGGAAACGUUCAAGUAGGGAAGCUUCUCAUUUGCGCAGUUUAGUAGUUUCCAAGGAUGAAACUAUUGCUUCCCUCAUUGCUGAUUACAAAAUUUUGGGAUUAAAUUACAGUGAGGCCAAGCAGCACAAUCUCCGUCAUCAUAUUCCAAAGUACCACAAGUAUCCGGGAGGCGCAGUGUGACGUUAUAAAAUGUGUUAAGUUAUCAAAAAACUUCUUUAAAACUAUGCAUAUACUUAUACAGUACUGUAGAUGUCUGUUUUUAUACAGUACUUCUUCAAAUCAGAGCCAAUGGUUAUCAAACUACAGCACUGUCUACACUUCUCUGGGUGUUAUUUAUUGUAACAUUUGGUAGCCUGAGUUUUAUUUCAGCGAGCAAAAGUAAUUGAUCGAGGGAAUGUACGGUAAUGAUUACAAUUAAGGAAAUUAAUGAAGAGAUAAAUCUUUACAUUUUAAGGGACACCAUUACUUACUAAUCUUACUUAAUUUUCUUCUGUAAUAAGGCUAUAUGCCUGUGUAUCAAGGUCAUAAUUUUUCAUGGCCUACCUCAUCUUUGUGGCAGGCAUACUAGUGAUCCUGCAGCAUAUAUUCAAGGUUCUGUAGUCAAACAUAACAUCUUGAUCUCCCAGUCAUUUCUUGAAGGUAUAUACGUUUGGAGAGACUACCUCCUUUUUUGGUAAGCUGUUACAUAUUUCUGCGCUGUGUACUGAGGAGUUUUAUUUCAUCUUGGUGUGUGGACACGUCUUGAACAGCUCAAAACUAUGAAUUAUGGUAUUAUUGCCAUUAUGUGGUCUUACUGGUGGGUAUGAUUUCAUAUUGUAUCCCAUACUUCAUUUUGAAAGUUUGUCACAUUCCCACAUAUCCUGUGGUACAGGACCACAGUGAUGAGAUCUACUUCCUCAGAUGGUCAACAUAACUCAAGGUUUUCAGCCUCGGUAUCAAUUUCACUAUUCUCCUCUGAAUAGUUGUGAUGCAGGGAUGUCUUUUGCCUCAUGUGAUGGCUUAUUGAAAUGACAUACUCUAAAUAAAGUUGCACCAGGGCCUCAUAUACUGAAGGUUUCUGCUGGAUGAGACCCAUCAUGUGGUUUGCCUUCUUAAUUUUAUCAUUUUCAUAAUCUUCAAAUAUCAGUAUACUGUUACCCACCACACCCAGGUCCCUCCUUUAAGUCACUCAUUUUAGCUCUUUGUGAAAUAUGGUCUGUGCCUUAUGGAUUUCCUCUCAUACUACCAGCAGUCACACCCUUACAUUUUCUGGAUGGAAUUGGAGUGACUGCUGUGCAGUAUAUGCUUAACCAUUUCUGGAGAUUGUCUAGGUCCAUUGAUAGUUGUUCUUGAUCGUGAACAGACAUCUUUGUCAUUAGCAGAGGUAUACUUCAGAGAACAUGUAUUUAUGUCAAUCAUUAAUGUAUAAGAAGGAAAA